GACCACUGGACCACUGGACCACUGGACCACUGGACCACUGGACCACUGGACCACUGGACCACUGGACCACUGGACCACUGGACCACUGGACCACUGGACCACUGGACCACUCGACCACUGGACCACUGGACCACUGGACCACUGGACCACUGGACCACUGGACCACUGGACCACUCGACCACUGGACCACUGGACCACUGGACCACUGGACCACUCGACCACUGGACCACUGGACCACUCGACCACUGGACCACUGGACCACUCGACCACUGGACCACUCGAACACUGGACCACUCGACCACUGGACCACUGGACCACUGGACCACUCGACCACUGGACCACUGGACCACUGGACCACUCGACCACUGGACCACUCAACCACUGGACCACUGGACCACUGGACCACUCGACCACUGGACCACUCGACCACUGGACCACUGGACCACUCGACCAUGGGACCACUCGACCACUGGACCACUGGACCACUCGACCAGUGGACCACUCGACCACUGGACCACUGGACCACUCGACCACUGGACCAACUGGACCACUGGACCCACUCGACCACUGGACCACUGGACCACUGGACCUGACCACUGGACCACUGGACCACUGGACCACUGGACCACUGGGACCACUCGACCACUGGACCACUGGACCACUGGACCACUCGACCACUGGACCACUGGACCACUCGACCACUGGACCACUCGACCACUGGACCACUCGACCACUGGACCACUCGACCACUGGACCACUCGACCACUGGACCACUGGACCACUGGACCCACUCGGACCACCUGGACCACUGGACCGCUGGACCACUCGACCACUGGACCACUGGACCACUGGACCACUGGACCACUCGACCACUCGACCACUGGACCAGUGGACCAGUGGACCAGUGGAACAGUGGACCAGUGGACCAGUGGACCAAUGGACCAGUGGACCACUCGACCACUGGACCACUGGACCAGUGGACCACUGGACCUCUGGACCACUGGACCACUCGACCACUCGACCACUGGACCACUCGACCACUGGACCACUCGACCACUGGACCACUCGACCACUGGACCUCUGGACCACUGGACCACUCGACCACUCGACCACUGGACCACUGGACCACUCGACCACUCGACCACUGGACCACUCGACCACUGGACCACUCGACCACUGGACCACUGGACCACUGGACCACUCGACCACUGGACCUCUGGACCACUCGACCACUGGACCACUGGACCACUGGACCACUGGACCACUGGACCACUGGACCACUGGACCACUCGACCACUCGACCACUUGACCACUGGACCACUCGACCACUGGACCACUGGACCACUCGACCACUCGACCACUCGACCACUCGACCACUCGACCACUGGACCACUGGACCACUGGACCACUGGACCACUGGACCACUGGAUCACUGGACCACUGGACCACUGGACCACUGGACCACUGGACCUCUGGACCACUGGACCACUCGACCACUCGACCACUGGACCACUGGACCACUGGACCACUGGACCACUGGACCACUGGACCAGUGGACCACUCGACCACUGGACCACUGGACCACUCGACCACUCGACCACUGGACCACUCGACCACUGGACCACUCGACCACUGGACCACUCGACCACUGGACCAGUCGACCACUGGACUACUGGACCACUCGACCACUCGACCACUCGACCACUGGACCACUGGACCACUGGACCACUGGACCACUAGACCACUGGACCACUGGACCACUGGACCACUGGACCACUGGACCACUGGACCACUGGACCACUCGACCACUCGACCACUGGA